ACAAGAGACUGCAAAAGGAACACGGGACACAUUCAGCUUGCUGGAUAAAUAAGCUAGCGAACGAACCAAAAUAUAAAGUUUUAAUAUUUGACUCUGCAAAUGGUAAGGAGAGACUGUAGAGAAGAUAGCAAUAGCCUGGUCGUCAUAUUUUUUUAAAUUUCAGAUAUAGUUAACAACCUGCAAUUAGUGGAGCUGUAGUAGAUGAACUACGGAUGGUUACAACUCUGGGAAAUUAAUGAAUACAACUUCCGCAUCACCACCUCUACACGUGCAUGUUCCAGAGAGUACACCAGUGCAUGUGCACAUGAAGAAGGGUCGGAAGAUGAAAGAGGCAAAGAUGAAGGGGGACACAGAGAGUCACCAAACCUCCGUUAGGAGGAAAGCAAGGGUGCCCUGGAUACCUCCUGGGAAGGGCUCGACACGUGACGCCCUGUACAAGUGGGAGGGACCGACACACCGCCUAGAGAUGAGGCCUGCUCCAGAGCCUGAUCUUUCCCAGUCUGCGCUACGAUUGGCUGACCUCUCCUCUGAUGAGGAGGAAGCGCUGCAAGGCCGCAUCCACCAAUAUGAGAGGAAGAUUGACAGCCUAAUGACAGAGGUUGGCUCCCUGAAGAAUGAGGUGGAGCUGAGGAAGAAGGAACAGCAGUUGAGUGCGUCUCAGCGUGUAAUCCAGGAGCAGGAGGAUGAGCUGGUGGAAUUCACCAAAGAACUGGAGGUCACUGGACGCGAAAACACCCGCCUCCGCCACUCUAUUGAGAAGAUGCGAGAAGAGACAGACUUCACCAGGCAGGAGACGGAGGCUCUGCUGCAGCAGAAGGACAUGCUGCUGAGGAAGCUGGUGGAGGCCGAGAUGGAUGGGACUGCAGCUGCCAAGCAAAUGUCCGCCCUGAAAGAGACUGUGGGGAAGAUAAGGACUGAGAAGCGGAUGUUGGUGUCGGACUCGACCCUGCUGGGCAGGCAGAGGGACCUGCUGAUACAGAAGCUGGAGACUUUUGAGGGCACAAACCGCACUCUGCGUCGCCUUCUGAGGGACUAUCACGGGCAUGAGAUGGAUAUUAUGAGGUUGUCGGAGCAGAGGGACGUGCUUAUGAAGAAUCUGGCCACUGCUGAGGCAGAGAAGGUGAAUCUUCUGGUGAAACUCCAAGACAAAGAAAAGGUAGUCUGUCAGCUCACUGUGCUUUUGGAGACUGAGAAGGAGAAUGUGAAGACCACCGCAGAGCUUUCCAAAGCACUGGAGUUGAAGCGCGCUCAUCUCCAAGGCCAGCUACGCAAAAAAGAGGCGGAGAAUAACCGACAGACCGUCCAGAUCAAAAGCCUUGAACAGACGGUUAGCCUGCGGCAAGAGGAGGUGGAGAAGCUGUUGAAGGAGCUGAAGGAGGUACAGGAGAGUUUGGACUUGGGGAAAGAGGCCCUGAAGCAGGAGGUGCAGACACAGAAGCAGCGGGCAGAGCGAAGCGAGGGCAUAGCCGGGCAGCUUAGCGCACAGCUUCUGGAGAAGGAGACCCAGCUGGCAGAUGCCCAGGCUGCAGUGGAAAGCUGGCGCGGUCGUCACUCCCAGGAGGUGAAGGAAAAGAGCCAAAUGGAGGUUGAGAUUACUGUCCUCAGCAACCAGGUGACCUCCCUGACCGAUCAGCUGCGCAGCGUGGAGGACAAGGCCCGGGCUGAGACAGAGGGGCUGCUCGAGCGGCUCCAUCGCCUCACUUCUGAGAGCACUGCCACCAGGCUGGAGAACCAGAGGCUUAAGGCCACUCAGUCAGCCAUGGAGGAAAAACAGGGCUUAUCCCAGUCAGAGGUGGAGCAGCUGAAGUCCUCAGUGAAGCAGUAUGAGAGUCUGGUGGACAGCUAUAAAAGCCAGCUGCAUAAGACCCGUUUGGAGGUGGACGAGCACCGCCUGAAGCUUGAACUGGCGGAGAGGGAGGUGCAGGAGGUGCGGGCGGAGCUGGAGCGGGAGGUGGAGGCGGUGCGGAGGCAGCUGCUGGGGCGGCUGGCGGAGCUGGAGCCGCUGCCCGAGCGGCUGAAACGCACGGAGCAGCAGCUGUGGGAGGCGGAGGAGCAGGUGCAGGAGCACGAGAAGAGGAGCAGCGAGCACUGCAGCGCACUCUCCGAGCUGCGCCUGAAGGUUGAGCAGCAGGGCAGUCGGAUGGAGGCUAUUCGAGAGAAGAAGAUGUUGCUGCUAGAGGAGAACAAACACUUGAAGCAGAGGAUGGAGAGUCUAGAAAGGAAUCUGGAGGAGACCAACGCUCAGAACCGAGACCUGGUUCAGGUGAUCACCAAACGGGAGGACAGUAUCCACAGCAGCCAGCUGCACCUGCAGGAGAAGUCCCAGGAGUGCAGUGUCCUAACGCACAAGCUGGAGGAUGCCUUUCUUGGUGCACAGCUGCAGCUGGAUCAGACCCGGGAACGAGCAGCCUCCAAGGAGCGGGUGGCCCAAUCUAAGGUUCUAGACCUGGAGGCACAGCUGAGUCGCACCCAAGUCGAGCUCAACCAGCUGCGUCGCAGCAAAGAGGACAUAGAGCGUCGACACCAGACCCGGCUGCAAGAUAUGAAGGAUCGCCUGGAGCAAUCUGACAGCACCAACCGAAGUCUGCAGAACUAUGUGGAAUUCCUCAAGACUUCUUACGCUAAUGUUUUUCGUGACUCUGCAUUAGGCAGCUCCGUUCUGCAGCCCUUGUCCCCUCUUUGAUUGGACACUCCCUUUUUCCGUUUCUCUGCUUAUGGAGCCUCAUCUGCUCCCUGCCUUCCUUGUUCCUCCGUUUAUUUUUGCUUACAUACUUGUUACAGUCAUUCAAAUAUAUAUAUAAUAUAUUACAGCGUUGCUAGUCAUACAUACUCAGACACAUAAAUGCAAAUUCAGAGGCUGCUGGGCACCCAUCCUGUUGAGGCACUGUUCUUGUGUAUGGAUGGUCCCCAGCGUCUGGUUUUGGAUUCAGACUGUGCCAGUGCCGAUGCAAGGAGGCGCACAUUCGCUGCUAGCAUUGGCCAGGGAAGGGAGGGCAGCGUCUCGUUGCUUACCAGCAAUCUGUGGACUGCCUGUUGAGCUGCCCAUAAAGUGUCUUCUUUUAACUUGUGUCUGUGGAAGCUAAACUUGGAGACUGCACUUUGAUAAGUGGAAGCUGACAUUGCAUGCUUUGCCGGAGAGCAUAUGCUUGUCUGUUCUGCUUAAUCGAUAGUGGAGUUUGCUGCAGUGUGGGAGCUGCCAAUGAAUAUGAUUGCACAUCAGAAAUUGUGAGAAAAAGGCAUUUUAAAAAGUGAGCUUCAUGGGAGAACUGACAGAUUUAAGACCCUAUCCCUUCCCUUGGUCUUUGUCCAAAUACUUUAUCCAACCAAAGUUUUUUCUUCCAUCUCAAUGUUACACUCUAGUCCUCUACCUAUCUGCUUGGCAAUCUUUGAAAACAAAACAUGUCUCUUGUAUGCUAUUAUCAGAAAAUUGUCCCUGGGGCUAUUUCUGUCAUUUGCUGCUAGAACAUUUAUGAUCUAUUUUAAUUGUGAUACCAGUAAUUAGGUCAAAUUCAUCUUCUUGUUUCCAAGUGUUUUUGCUAGUCAUUUUUUUGUUUUUACUGAACAAUGAAUGCUAUAUUGAUGAAGGUAAAUUACAAAAGGCUUUCAAAUGUUUGUCAUUAUUUUUUAAUAUUAUUUUAAUAUUCCAUGGAUGUUUUCAUCAGUGCAAUUUACACUUGUGAAUGAAACAUAAAAUGUCUAUGAGGAUGUUAAUAAUAAAGCCUUCGUUCAAAAUC